UGACUUAGUCCAGCUUCUGGGGAGUGCCAGAUAAAACUAACUUCACAAUGAAAACCAUAAGCCUUAAUCACUGAAUGCUGCCCCCAGGCUGCUCUGGAGAGGAGGCCCAGAAGGGCUGUGAUGCAGAGGUGGCUGGUCUGACAUGAUGGCUCUCUGCUUUCAGCUGGGAAGGUGCCGGAGCGUGAAGGAGUUUGAGAAGCUGAAUCGAAUUGGGGAAGGGACCUAUGGCAUCGUGUACCGUGCUCGAGAUACCCAGACGGAUGAGAUUGUGGCACUAAAGAAGGUGCGGAUGGACAAGGAGAAAGAUGGAAUCCCCAUCAGCAGCCUGCGGGAAAUCACCCUGCUUCUGAAGCUACGGCACCCCAAUAUCGUGGAGUUGAAGGAGGUUGUUGUGGGAAACCAUCUGGAGAGUAUUUUCCUGGUGAUGGGUUACUGUGAACAGGAUCUCGCCAGCCUUCUCGAGAACAUGCAGACGCCCUUUUCUGAGGCGCAGGUGAAGUGUAUCAUCUUACAGGUACUCAAGGGCCUUCAGUAUCUUCAUGAGAACUUCAUCAUCCAUAGGGAUCUAAAAGUGUCUAACCUGCUCAUGACUGACAAAGGCUGCGUGAAGAUAGCGGAUUUUGGGCUAGCUCGGGCUCAUGGGGUACCACUAAAACCAAUGACGCCUAAAGUCGUCACCCUCUGGUACCGAGCCCCGGAGCUGCUGCUGGGAACGACAACCCAGACCACGGGCAUAGAUAUGUGGGCAGUGGGAUGUAUCCUCGCGGAAUUGCUGGCCCACAAGCCAUUACUCCCAGGCAGCUCGGAGAUCCAGCAGAUCGACCUGAUAGUGCAGCUGCUAGGGACGCCCAAUGAAAACAUCUGGCCGGGCUUUUCCAAGCUGCCCCUGGUGAGCCAGUACACCCUGCGGAAACAGCCGUACAACAACCUCAAGCACAAGUUUCCGUGGCUGUCGGAGGCUGGGCUGCGCCUGCUCAACUUCCUCUUCAUGUACGACCCCAAGAAGAGGGCGACGGCAGGAGACUGCCUGGAGAGCUCCUACUUCAAAGAAAAGCCCUUGCCCUGUGAGCCGGAGCUCAUGCCCACCUUCCCCCACCAUCGCAACAAGAGAGCUGCUCCCGGCGGCGCGGAGAGCCAGGCCAAGCGCAGCAAGCCCUGAGGCGGCACAUCCCGCCGGGCUUCAAAGCUGCGGGAACAUCCAAAGCGGAGGAUGGGAAGGUGCUGGGAGCGGAUGGAGGAUUUGUAAGCAGCUGCUGCGGGACCCCAAGCGGACGCACCACAAGCUUCUCUUGCCCUGUCGGUAUUCUCAGGCUGGGAGGUCCAGCGCUGCCUCGGAGAAGGAGGUGGUUCCCCGAACUCCCGUUCAAAUGCAGCUGCUGGAGACGUGCUCUAGGGACAGGCUGGUCUGUCUUCUUUGUACCAGGGCAGAGGCCGUAUUAAUCCUGCACCCUCCUCCACCCACGGACGGUCACAUCCUUCAUAGCGGCUGGCUUAUCACCAGGCCCGGGAGCUGGAUCCUGCUUGCAGGCAGAAGCCCCAAGGAAAGGGCAGCAUCUGAACACAUUCCUAUGGGCAGCGAGAGACAAGGAGGGCCAGCCAACCACAGAUGGCUGCUGGGUUGUUACAAGCUGGAACAGGGCUGGGCAAAUCAGGCCUGGGGGCUGGAUCCAGCCUGCCAAGCAUUUCUCUCUGGCCUGCCCAGCUGAUUAGUAGAGCAUGCAUGCUUACAGCUGGCAGCCUGCGUCCAGCUGUUCUCUCCCCCCCCCCACCUUGCUCUGUCCCUCAGCCCAGCUGCUCCCAGGAUUCUCCUGCAAUUUCAGGGAGCGCUGAAGUCAGGGUGUCCCCCGGCCUGCCAUCUCUGCAGAGCAAGGGGGGCCACAGUAGAGCUGCUCUGGGCUGACGCAUGGAUGGUAAGUGACUCGGGAGGUUUCCCUUUGAGACAGCCCGUGACUUCUCUCGGAAUCGUACCCAGCAGCAGCCAGUGCACGCGCGCUGUGUCACUCACACGCACAUUGUCUCUUUCACACUCACACUUCGUCUCUCUCUACCCCCAGCGACCACGUGCCACAAUCCCCCCUCCCUCAUGAUAAUUGUCCCACCUGAGCUGGAAGCUGCACGUUGGGCAUUGCCCCGCUCCCCGUGCACACUGGCCCUUGGUUCUUUGUUCCUUGUGGUUACUCAAUAAAAGGGGUUUAGUGUCUCCUGGCCAGCUGGCUUGUUAAUCCCAGGCGGGACUGGCUGCCCUUCAUGUAGCGUUGCUCAGCCAGAGCGGGCCCCUUGGGUGGAGGGGGAGAGCAGAGUCCUGGAAGCACAGUCCGGCAGCCUGAGAUCUCCCCCCACUGAGCAGCUGGAGCCUCAGGGAUAGGCAGCCCCCGCUGCAGGUGAGGGGCAGGACUUCCUGCGCUCCCUCGGCCAGUGCACUCUAGCACUAUCACUGCCUCCCGCACUGCCACCUGCCUUAAUUCCACCCCUGCAGGGGCCUGAGUGCACCCCGGCUAGGCUUGUGGUCCUGUGACUGCGCCCACCACAUAGACAACACAGCUUCCCCCUACCACGCAUCUCCUGGAGCACCUCAACAAGAGUGCCACCCCACUAAGGGCAUGACAGCCUGAAGCAAGAUGGGCAGGUGGAACCAGCGGGCAGGGGCUGAGCCAACGCUGCUGCGCCUGGCUCCCCCCCCUCUCCUGAAGCCAGAAUACUGGGCUAGCAAGCAACACUUUAUUAGGUAAGAGUGGAGGUGCCAGACACAGCUGGUUGGUGUGAGUAGAGCAGACAUGGGGUGAGGGGCCAGUGGGAGCAGAGGUGGGAAGGGGGCCUUACCCAGCCGAAAGGGCGGGGUGCCAUGCCCCUGUGCACUUCCCUUCCCCGGGAAGAUACAGAACCCAUCACCAUUGGAUAUGGCCUGGAGCAG